CCUUCUACGAGGCGCUUUCAACAUACGAAAGCAUAACAUUUUCGUUAUUCGAAAGCGAGUGUUAAAUGAGUAUUCGGAACAUGUAUGCAUUGAAUCGUAGAGGAAUUGUAUUCAGUUAUUAACAAAGCUUUUAUGCAGUCAAAACUCGUUUCCCCAAAGUUACCCAUCUCGGAAGCCGAUCUCUUUGCGAUCCCCCUGGUUCCUCCGCACAUCUCCAAGUUCCAGCGAAACUACUGCUUGUGCUAUCAAGUUAGCGGCACCGCCAUCGACACGACUGUCAUCAUCAUCCCCACCAUCAUCAUUCGGCGCCUCGUUGAAUUUUGCACGUUUUGCAGCGUCUCUUCCAGUGUUCGUUGCUUUUGUACGACGUACGGUGGGGAGCACUGUAGAAGAUGUUCCUGAUAGUAGAAUUUCUGGAGGAAGAGCGAUGUGGGACACAUUCAGUUGAAAUAGUUCCUGCCUCAUGGGUCAAAGGUAGCGUCUGUAAAUGGCCCAAAGUGCCAUCCGAUAAGGCACGAAAGCUCAUCAUGAAGUGCGCCCCUCCUACAGCGUCGUGGGACAGCUUUCACGUUGCCAUAAAAGGCUCUUUUUCAACGUAUCAAGAUGCAAACAGUAAGCUGAAUGCUGCCCAGUACACCUCAGACAUCAACUCCGCUUCCGAUACAGGGUGUCAAAAGAGGAAGCCUGUCCCACUGCGGCAUUUUGAUGAUUAUGCGGAAGUCCCAGCCUUAGGUUCACAGACUAGAAGAAAAAGAAAGCGGAUUGAGUCAUUUGACUCGGACACUGAUGUGGACGACGUAGACACUCUGCCAAGUCCGCCACCUUUCCCAACGCCAUUCCCUGAGAGGGGUAAUAAUAACUUUGCGAGUCACCAUACUUCACCCACCGGAAGUAUAGUCCAGAGCGGCAGCGUUAACAGUGACCUCAAUCACUGUGGCCAAGAUGAACCUGAGACUCAUGACAACAGUGGUCAAGCCUUCCAGGAUAUAAGAGUCGACCUCCUAGCAGGAGAGGGCAGCCUGCCGCAAUCACGGAAACAGAAGGUUGUGCCACACGAAGAGUUUCAACGGCAGGCUAUGAGGCUGCUGCAUAUGAUGCGCCUAACCCAGCUGCAACAUGGUGAAGUACUGGAGGAGCUGUGUUCUCGACACACUCGCGUUCUUGAGCAUUGUCCGUCCAUGAUUCAAGCACCUUUCACCACCACUGAAGACCUGGAGGCAUUUGACAGCACCCUGAACGAAAGCAAGACAGCUCAACUGGGGCUGUACGAGCAAACACAAAAACGACCACAGCAAACAAGGUGGAAGUGGAGACGCACAUCAAGGCAUGGUUGCGACAUGCUAAAGACCGAGAAAAAAAGCUGGCGAGAGUAACUGUAGAAUGAGCACAACGUUUACACAGGGAGCUUUUUGGUUUUAAACAGUUGUCUCAGAGUGCACACAAAGGAAAGACAGAGACAGUGUAUGAAAAUACUAAAACAGCCCCAGCAACAGCGACUGAUUGAAAAAGACCAGGUAACAUUUUAAAACACUGAACUAUUAACGCGGUGUUUCUGCCUGUGCUGCUUCUGCGCGCCUAUACCUCUGGUACUCAAGCUAUCCUCGACACCUUGAUAGCGUAUUUCGUUCUGCAAAAAGUCUGUUUAAGGCAAAAAAACUCCCUGUAUUUUUGGCACACAUCAUGUAUGCCGAGGUUUUAAGGAACUGCUAGGGCGGCUUCCCUGUUGUACUGUUAUUGCACACUUCAGUCCAAGGGGACUUUGAAAUACUGUCAUGCAUAUCGCGGUGUGCUAGUCUGAGCGAACUGUGAAAGGACUCACUUUUUAUAUAUAUAUAUACUGAUAAAUAUAUUCUAGUCUGGUGUGUCGGUCAAGGCGACCUAUGUCACACUCCCAUGCCUAACCUAACCUCGAGGAGCUUACAGGAUAUUUUUAUAUAGAGACAUAUGUAGACAUAUACAGGUGACCUCGUCUGAGGAAUUGUGAAACUUACCGUAGUACUAUUAAUCCUAGUCUGCACCAAUUUUCAAGGGGCGUUACUGUGAUACCGACUGUCAAGAGCAGUCAUUGUUACACUGUGAUAUGUAUCCAAGCCUCAGGACCUGUUGUGAUUGAGUUU